AUGCGGGAUAUAAUUAAUGCUCCCGUUCUCACUCCUCGAUCGAACAACGCUACCUCCCGAACUGCGGUUAUUGUUGGGGUGGUAAUUGGCAGUGUCGUGCUCGUGGCCAUGACUGGCGGCAUCCUCUUCCUCCUCUCCCGCAAAGAGCGGGCAAAGAGAAAGCACGCCCAGCAACGGACCGAGCAACUCGUGGCCGUUCAAGUGCCGCCAGCCUACAAGGCCGAUCUCUUCGACGCGCCCGCGGGGUUCCACCCGGCGCAGCGCCGGCCCUUGUCCUCCUUUGCGCCGGACUACAGUCGCCAGUCGCAGUAUUAUCAUCGGCAGCAACAGCAUCAACAUCAACAACAAUACGACUGGACGUCCGAUGAACAGCCCCCACCUCCAUAUCCAACACUACCUGCAUACGAUCCGUCGCGAUACCAGCCCAUGCGACCAACAUCGACGGCGAGUGCCGACCUGCACUCUUACGUAUACGGCAAACCGGCAAGCAACCAGUCUUCCCGCCUGAGCGCCAUCCAUUACGACUCGAGAUCGUCUGUCUACCGCCCGUCUUCGGUGGCAGACCAGUAUCAGUACCAGUAUCAGUACCCGGCCCCAGUGCCGGCGCGGCCUCGGGAGAUUCUCUCUUCCAACCCUAGACCUUUGUCUAUCUUGCCGUAUCAUGCCGGUGCUUUGCAUGAACAGAAUUUGACUCGUCAGCCUGACGGAAGAGAGAGGAGCGUCUCGGAGCCUAUGCCUCCUGCGACCGUUGAGACUGCGCAGGGCCCGCGACGGCCGAAGCCUGUUCUCUCGCGGUUGAUCACCAACUUUUGA